CGCAACUUGGCUGGGGUGACCUCCCGUCCCCGAUCCCGGCGUGCGUGGCCCGGGGUGGGGAACCUGCAAGUUUGAGCCUCGCUCUCCUCGAGGCGGAGUACUUAGCCCAAGAAACGUUCCAUUCAUAUACUUUACUUUGACCAGAGCGCUGCUCAGCUCUGGUUUAUGACGGUGCCAGGAUUAAACCAGGGACCUCAGAGUGGCAGGCGUCCAAGUCAUUUUGUGUAGAAGCGACCCUGCAGAUAUCUUAACUAAUUUUCUGAAUAUGCCACCGAAGGAUCCGUGCCAGAAACAAGCCUGUGAAAUACAGCAGUGUUUACAAGCCAACAACUAUGUGGAGUCUAAGUGUCAGGCUGCCAUCCAGGAAUUGCGCAAAUGCUGUGCUCGAUAUCCUAAGGGAAGAUCUCUCGUCUGUUCCGGAUUUGAAAAAGAAGAGGAAGAAAAGUUGGCCCUCCAGUCCACAUCAGAGUAAAGCUCAGCUGAGAAGGCGAGCGCUGCUCCUUAUCUCCACCUUGGGAGUUUCGCCAUCCUGACUCUUCAGGCCAGGAAGCAGCGCAAGAAGCGUCAUUCACGCACAACAGAUAGAAGCAAACAUUUAGAAGACAGAUAUGCAGAAUAUAAUAAAACUGAGCUGCUAAAAUAAACCCAUUAAGCGAAUGA